AUGUCAGAAGAUCGUAAACCUUGCGCUGAUGUUAAAUGUGAAGAAUACACACCUGGGUACCUAUCAACAAACCAAGCCUUUGACCCUCAAACUGCCUCAUUUUUCUAUGAAUCUGGAGAAUGUUCGGCCGCCACAAAUGAAUCGUCGUCGUCUUCACAUCGUACUGUGAAAGCUGAAUCUACAGAAAAACCGUUUAAAAUCGUCACCGUCAAGAAGGAAGUAGAGGAUUCCAAACCUCCACCGCAGCGCAUUCCGAGCAGGGAAUACUUAGAAGCCCAACGUCAGUACCAGCAAAACCUGCUUCAUAGACAACAGUAUCUCCUAACAUCAGGGGUGUCGCAAGACCACAAAGAGCAUCAAAAUGGGAGAGUAGCAGCCACACCAAAUUUUAUUCAAUUCCCUGGCGGAGCCUCUCUUCCUCCCAAUCAUUGCUAUCCCCAUACAGCCAUCUACCCCCAACAGCAUGCCGUUCACGCAAAUGUUCCUUACCCUGUGGUGGUUCCUGGAAGACCGCUUGGCAGUCGGGUUGCAGCAGUUCCACAGAGGCUUCCACCACAUAUGAUCAUGCAAUCGCGUUAUACUGCUGGAGUACAGCCAGCUCCUAAUUACGUUUCUCAAGGAAUUCCUAUGCGUCCUGGCGUACAAUAUCCAAAUGUGCCGGUAAGAUAUAUGCCAUAUGAAGGUGAAAUGGAAGCGCCCGUUUACAUCCCUGCUCAAGGCCAGGUUACCAUGCCACCGGGAACCGUUAUCUACACCCGAGAUGGAUGCCCUGUAGAAGGUGAGGAAGAAGAUGUGGGUACGAAGAGGAGAAGAACCGGUAAACGUAAAAAAGAAAAUGUUGACGACGAAUGGAACCAACAAAAAGAUGCUGUUGGCCCUACCGGACCACCUGCUCCUCUUACACAUGGAGAACUUUUGAAACAAAAGAAAAGAAACAUGGCGUUCCCG